GGGAGUAGACUCCCUUGGUGAUAGCUAACAAGAUGGCGGCACCUUUAGUUUAUGUGACCGGUUUCGUGGGUACUUUAUUGCGUGUUUUGCUGUUCGCUACGGAUUUUCCUGCUUGGAUUAGAAGCAGAAGAGAGCUAGUCACUCCUAUAACAUCAUGGGACAGAGUUCAGGAAGGAAUUGCGCUGCAGAAACAACGCAUUUCGCCCUACGCAGGGGAUUUGUUUCACGAAACACCAUUACUUCUGCGUCUGGUUCGGUCUGCAGACUGCAUUCCUGGCGGUUCGAUGACACUCUUCGUUUUCGUCGACAUUGUCGCUGGAAUCAUUUUGUAUAAAAUCACACAAGAAUUCACACGUUACGAACUACAGAGGCAGGCCAAGGAGAUGGCAAACUAUUCUCCACAAUCUAAAGAGCUUCUGCAUACAAGGAAGACACUUUCCAGCAUAUCUAUAGCAGUAACUUUGAUCCAUUUUCUUGGACCGUAUAGCCUUUGUGCCUGCCUUGCGCAGACGACCACAGUAUUUUCGAACCUGGCAGUACUGUUCUGCUGGCUUUUUACAUUGCAAGGCAACGUCGAGCUGUGCUGUUUUGCUUUGGCUGUUGCAACAUAUCAGUCGUUGUACCCCGUCAUCUUUCUUGUGCCAAUCGCCAUGCACUUUUUUCAGCAGAUUGAACCAAAAUCACCUCACUUUGUCAGUAAGGCAGCCUUCAGAAGCUACACCAGGGUGUUGCUAGUGUUUACCGUCUGGUUGGCUUCACUUCUAGGAGCCUCAUUUGUCUUGGAAGGCUCCUGGGAAUUCCUGCGAGCCACAUAUGGCUUUGUGCUGACCGUACCAGACCUGUCACCUAAUGUGGGCAUAUUCUGGUAUUUUUUUACUGAGAUGUUUGAGCACUUUCGCACAUUCUUCAUAUGUGUGUUCCAGAUCAACGUCUUCAUCUUUGCAGUUCCACUGGCCAUUAAACUCCAAGAACAUCCUCUGUUGCAGCUGUACAUCAUCAUGUUUGAAGUGUGUAUUUUCAAGUCCUACCCAAGUUAUGCUGACACUGCCCUAGCACUGAUUCUUUUGCCCCUGUGGCAACACAUCUUCAGGUACAUGCGAAAUACUUUGGUGGUAAGCACCUUGUAUGUGGUGGUUGGUAUACUGGCACCUAUUCUUUGGCAUCUCUGGAUUUAUGCAGCAUCUGCGAAUGCCAAUUUCUACUUUGCAAUAACACUGGUUUUUUGUUCAGCACAGGUAUUUUUAAUUGCAGAUGUUCUAUAUGCAUUUCUUCGCUAUGAGUUUGACCUCCUGCAUGGCACAGACCAUCGACUACCAAGCAAAGAAAAAACAAGAGUAGUGCUUGAAUGAAUUACAGUUCCAUUUGUAAACUUUUUUCCUUUACCUAGCACUUGCAGUAUCCAUGAUCUUUCUCAUGGUUUAAAAGAUCAGUGUACAUGCAUAAGGCUAAAACUUUUGUAUAAUGAUGUAUAAUUUUAUACUAAUAACUAUGACAUUUGUAGAUGUUAAUAUGAUUUAGAAAAUGAACUCUGAUGAUUGUUAUAUGCUCCACACUAUGACAUAACACAAUCACAUUUUCAGUCACAUAUCUUUUGCUUAUUCUAGAAAUUUAGCAGUGAUGUUCUCUUUAUGGUCAGAGAACACAAACAAACAGCGUACAUUAUGAGCAUGAUGGUCAGUCUGCUGAAUAAUUUUAUCUGCUAAGCAUCACUCAUGUGGUGGGGAUUAUGGUGUGAGUAAGCAAACUUUCUUCCACACACUCAACCAGAGGCAGGAAGGCAGUCACAAAUGUACUACCCUUUAUUGAAUGGGCUUGAACAAAUGCCAUGGCUGCAUUCCUCCACAAUAUUUCAGCAUCCCAUCAUGAGUGGUAGUGCAGCAUCUUGUCUGUCUCUCCCUCUUUUUGUGUUUUCCUGAUCGGAUCUCCAGCGUGUCUUUUUUCCUGUCUCAGCUCUGCCCUUAUUGUAAUAUAUCCUUGCAUAGCUAAACUUUUUGCAAUUCUCUUGUAGGUCCAUGUCGUGCAUCAAGAGCUCAAAUAUAUAUCAGUGCCAGGCUACAGGCCACCCUCCUACAACUGUAUUGUCAUCUAUUUUGUAACGUCUGGAACAUGUGUUGGUAAUCAGUUCAUAUAGGACAAGAGGGAUAGCUUUAUUCCUUUUCCACAAGCCUUUCAACUGAUGCAGAUAAUUGAAGGAAAGGUAUAUCUAUGAUACUGAAGGACCUUUGUUGGGAACACUCCUGGAUACAGUUUAGUCUUUUAGCUUCAGAGACUGAAGCAUGUAACAGAGAAUUUAAGAUCUCUCACAAUAGCUGUUAAGUGAAUAUCCCAUAUCCCA